CGCUGGAUUUUAUCUGACGGAAUCCAAACUUUACCUUAUGGGCAUUGGCGUAUAAAGUCUUAUUAUCAUUAUGUCAAAUCCGGAAUGUCACCUGAAUUAGCUGAAAAAAGAGCUAUGUCAGUUAAACUUCGUCCUCAAAAUUAG